GCGAAACGGGUGGCUAUCUUCACUCCACGACAUAGCUGUACAGAUUUUAGAAUUCGACAGUCACUUUAAAUGGACAGAAACCGCCUCUUACAGAAUGCUGAGCUCUGGUGCUAAGGACUGCUUAAUAUAGUGCCUUUAGUUCUCCAAAGUCGUGGGCCUAAGUACUCCAUCAGAGUUGUAAUGUAAAGUUACACCCACCGCUGAGCAAUCAGAUUCAUUUUAACGUAGGUACAAGUACUGGAGCGAGUGGAAUUGGUUACUCACGUAUCACUGUAUUAGGAAUUUUGAAAGGGUUAAAUCAUUAAUCGUGUUAUUACACUGUGGUCGGUAUUCAAGAAAACGCAGAAUGAUGACGUAGUGGUACACCCAUGAAAGGUAUAUCUUUCUCAGAAACAAUAUCAGCCUUUGCAUUCACAUACAUUGGCUGUGCUACAUGUAACGGCUACAUCAAAGCCAGUUAUGCUUCCAGAAUUGUCGCUAAGAAGAGCAAAAGUUCUGAGUCACCGUCUUCCAAGGAUACUGAGACACCUCCUCCAAGGAUUACAUCAAACUUGAAGCUGAAUUUGCAGUUCCUAAGAUUAUGGAAGGAGUUCCAACAGAGAAAAUCCUGUACUCCAAAGCCUGCUACUAGUUAUCGUAAGAAGAAGGUGGAGAAGGAAGAACUGCCAGAAGAUGAAGAGAUCUACCGCGAUCCUACAUUGGCACUAUACUAUACUAAUCAGGUACUGGAUGCUGCUGUUCCUGUCUUGCUUGUUGAUGGAUAUAAUGUGUGUGGAUAUUGGUCAAAGUUGAAGAAGCAUUUUAUGAAUGGAAGUCUUGACAUUGCUCGUCAAAAGCUCAUUGAUGAACUUGUAUCAUUCAGUUUGCUAAGAGAGGUGAAAGUGGUGGUUGUAUUUGAUGCCAUGAUGUCUGGAAUACCUACACACAAGGAAAACUUUGAGAGCGUUGAUGUGGUAUAUUCAAGUGAAACGUGUGCUGAUGCAUGGAUUGAGAAGGAGUGCAGAUUUUGCUGUAAAGAUUGUGCAUUUAUUGGAUCAAGAUGGUGCACUUUGGUGGUUGCGUUAAGGGACGAUGGGUGUCCAAAAGUUUGGGUUGUCACAUCUGAUCAUAAUCAGCAGCAUGCAGCCUAUGGAGCAUUAGAAAGAGUUGGAACCUUCGGCAGUGAAAAUGACUACAGCUUCUUAAGAAUUGUAAUAUGAGUGUGAGUUACCACUCGGGGAAGGCAAAUGUUGUUGCUGAUGCUCCUCGUAGGUUGUCUACGGAAAGUGUUGCUCAUGUAGAGGAAGGUAAGAAGGAGCUUGCGAAGGAUAUUCAUAGACUUGCAUGGUUGGGAGUUCGUCUUACGGAUUCAGAUGAUGAUGGUGGUGUGAUGGUGCAAAAUGGUUCCGAGUCUUCAUUAGUGAUUGGGGUUAACGAGAAGCAAGAUAGAGAUCUCAUACUACUCCAGUUGACAGAAGCAGUUCCUAAGAAGAAAAAUGUUGGUUUGAUAUUGGGGUAAAAGAGAAGCAAGAUAGAGAUCUCAUACUGUUGACAGAAGUAAUUUUUAAGAAGAUGAUGUUGGUUUUCUCCCAAGGGGGACAUGGUGUUCUUCGGUAUCAAGGCAGAUUAUGUGUUCCAUACAUUGAUGGCUUGAGAGGGCAGAUUGUGACUGAGGCACACAGUUCUAGAUACUCCAUUCAUCCAGGUUCCAUAAAGAUGUACUGCAAUUUGAGAGGGGUUUGUUGGUGGAAUGCUAUGAAGAAGGAUAUUGCAGAUUUUGUGACAAAGUGUCCAAAUUGUCAGCUAGUUAAGGUUAAGCAUCAAAGGCCCGGUGUCUCAUUUAUCUCUCUCACACUAGACCAGACAUAGCGUAUUCAGUUAGCCUGGUGAGUCGGUUCAUGCAUGAUCCCGAGAUCCUCAUAUGCAAGCUGUCUUUCACAUUUUGUGGUAUCUGAAGUGAAUUCAUCUACAGGGAAAGGCCUUCCUUUCUCCUGACAUGGUCACCUCCAAAUAGAAGUCUUUAUAGAUGCGGAUUGGGCUGGAUCUCUAGAUUAUAGAAGAUCUACAUCCCGUUACAAUUGUAGGAGGAAACCUGGUUACUUGGAGAAGCAAAAAUGUGAAGUGCAGUUGCCAGAUCAAGUGCAGAAGCAGAAUAUAGAGCUAUUACCAGGGUGUUUGUGAACUUUUAUGCUUACAAAAGCUACUAUAGGAAUUGAGAUUGUCUGGAAAAAGGAAACUUGUAUUGCGACAACAAGGCUGCAAUUAGUACAGCUUAAAACUCAGUCCAGCCUGACCGAACAAAGCAUGUUGUAACUGAUAGACACCUCAUCAAAGAAAAUGUUACAAGAGGUAUCUUGAACUUGGUCCAUAUGGAAGUGGAAAAGAAACUAGCUGAUCUGCUCACCAAAGGCCCCAAGAGACGGACAUUUUAUAGACUGGUUUGCAAGUUGGGCAUGUGCGACAUCUUUGCACCAACUUGAGUGGGAGUGUUGAUUGAUACUGAUUGCUUAGUUAUAGGGGUAGAAUGAUUUUAUAUUGAAUGUAUUUGAUUGAUAAGUACACAUUCUCAGUCUCAUUGUAUUUUGUGAUAAGUCUUUUCUUACUUAUUCUUAGGCUCAUUGUAUAAGUACAUUUUCUUUGGUUGUAUAUUCAUCAAGAAAUAUGAAGAGCAUUUUUCUUCUUCUUGACA